CCUCACAACACUACCCCUCUUGCUAAUUCUCUCUCUCUCUUUAAGCCUCCUAAUAGCACUUCCAGCUUCAGUUUUCAUUUCUGAGGAGGAUCAUCAAUAUGUCGUCGAUGGAAGUCGAAUCAUGUGUUCCGCCUGGUUUUAGGUUUCAUCCGACGGAGGAAGAGCUUGUAGGCUACUACCUCCGGCGGAAAAUUAACUCUUUAAAGAUUGAUUUGGAUGUUAUUGUCGAAAUCGAUCUUUACAGGAUUGAACCCUGGGACAUUCAAGGCAAAUGCAAACUGGGAUAUGAAGAACAAAAUGAGUGGUACUUUUUCAGUCACAAAGAUAGGAAGUAUCCAACCGGAAGACGGACUAAUAGAGCAACUACUGAAGGGUUUUGGAAGGCAACCGGAAGAGAUAAAGCUGUACUCUCGAAAGAAAGCAUAAUAGGCAUGAGGAAAACCCUAGUUUUCUACAAAGGCCGUGCCCCCACUGGGAUCAAAACUGACUGGAUCAUGCAUGAGUAUCGUCUCCAGUCAUCGGAACACGGACCUCCACAGGAAGAAGGAUGGGUUGUCUGCCGAGCAUUCAAAAAGCCGACUCCAAACCAGAGGCAUCAAGAAAAUGACCAAUGGAACAAUGCACAUUAUUUUCGAAACUACGACAUGCUGAAUCCAAUGCACGCAGCCCUGCUUAAUCAAAGCACAAACUAUCACCUAGUACCAUUUGACAACAAUUUAGACCGCAAGGAGAUUUCUAACAAUACUCAUCACUUCAAUCACCAGCUUACUGAUCUUCCUCAACUCGAUAGUCCAAGUACAGUUUCUACAGGUCUCGAUCCUGAUCAAGAUAAGAUAGGUAAUUAUGUAAACAAUUACAAUGAAAUGAUCAAUGUUGACAACUUCUACAUGCCGAAAGUGAUUGAGGCGCCAGAUGCAUUGUUUUCCUUUCCGAACAUGCCACUGAUUCCAUGCGACGAAGAGUUAGACUCUCAGAAUCACAUGAACGAGUUCCUUGGAUGCUAUCCUGAUCUGUAACCAGCUAAUGUAUGUGCAGUUCUAGUAGUUGACCAUCGAUUCUCAGCAAUAUUUGGGAUGCUAUGUAUCUAGACUGAUUAAAUGUGUAGUGGAUAUGAAUUCGAAAACUAAGUUGUAAUUUUUAUGUACUCAAUUAUUUGUUUACAAAAUUU